AAAUGGAAGGAGCUUGGCUGGCUUUGAGCGAGAGAGAAAAGAGUGCUUGACGUCUCCAAUGCCAGUCUGUACUUGCUAUAUAUAGUAUGUAUAUAAACAUGAUGGAAAAGCCUCUGCCGAUUCAUGUACUUCUUUGUUCAACAUUUUUGUCCUGCUUUCUCGCUCUUGAAAUCUAAGCGAGAGUGAGAGCGAGAGACGCCAUGAGUCUCUUCGGUCUUGGAAGCAGGAACCAGAAAACAUUUCGUCCAAAAAAGAAUGCUCCCUCUGGAAGCAAGGGAGCUAAACUUCAAAAGCACAUUGAUGCAACCUUGGGUAGUGGCAACUUGAGGGAAGCUGUACGACUACCUCCUGGAGAAGAUAUGAACGAGUGGCUAGCCGUAAAUGUGGUAGACUUCUUCAACCAAGUGAACAUUCUGUAUGGUACCCUGACAGAAUUCUGUACAUCACUCAACUGUCCAACAAUGUCUGCAGGACCAAAAAUUAGCUUGCAGAUUAUAGCAUGUCAGGAUAGGGCUUGGCAUAUCAUUUUCCAGAUUUAUAUGUAUUACUUGGUUCCUGCAGGAUUUCUUGACCAGCUUGGCAUGAAAUUGUUUAGAUACGAGUAUAGAUGGGCUGAUGGAGUUACUAUUAAAAAACCAAUAGAGGUGUCUGCUCCAAAAUAUGUUGAGUAUUUGAUGGAUUGGCUUGAAGCUCAGCUAGAUGAUGAAUCAAUUUUUCCUCAAAAAUUGGGGGCACCCUUUCCUUCCAAUUUCCAUGAUGUUGUCAAGACAAUUUUUAAGCGAUUGUUCCGUGUAUAUGCACACAUCUACCACUCACAUUUCCAGAAGAUUGUGAGUUUGAAGGAAGAAGCUCAUCUCAACACUUGCUUCAAACAUUUUGUUUUGUUUACAUGGGAAUUCCGCUUGAUUGACAAAGGGGAGCUUGCACCUCUCUGCGACCUUGUUGAGUCUAUUCUACAGUUAUAGCAUCAUGUGACAUGUCUUAUUUUUUGUUUGACUUUUGCCUUCUCCUCGGUUCGAGGGGUUUAGAGUGCUUUAAUGGUACACAUUUUUGUGGAA